GCUGGCUCUAGAUCACUGGUAGAAUGCUUGCCUAGCGUGUGCAAGAUCCUGGGUUUAAGCCCCAGCACUGCCACGGGGGCUGGGGCUGGCCAGACACUGGCAACUGAGAGAGCACGCUAGGAAUCUGUAGAAGUCCCCCCUCCCCAUUUCAGUUUUCUCGGUUCGAAACAAGCAAGCUAUCAGCUGCAAGUGAGGGUAAGAUGACGAACGCGUGAGGAGAGCAGGGUGGAAACAGCCGUCUGGUGGCAGUGGGAGAUCCCAUCUGAAAGGGCAGGAUUCUGAACUUGGUCCUUAGGUUCCUGCUUGAUAUGGCCUCUGUCCAUCUGUCCAGCCUCUCCCUCAACCCCUCUCUGCCUUCCCUUCUAGCUGCAUUGGCCACUUUCCAGGCUGUAGACGACUCCAGGGGCUUCCUAGCUUUCCCUCUGCUAACAUCGUCCUGCCCUUGCUGGUUGAAGGGCCUGUAAGACAUGUGUCUGGAUGUUCCUGGGAUUGAGAGACAGGCCAGUGCAUGAUGGGGUGGCGAGGGAGGCUGAGAGGAGGAAGUAGAGCAGCGAAACAAGCUGGGGGUUAUGACACUUUUCUCUGUGAAGUUUCUGCUAUUACAAAGUGCAUGCUCUUGCUAGGAACGACAUAUCUGGUACAGAAGGCAGGGUGGGUGGCGAGUAAGGCGUGGUCAAGGAAGGCCUUACUGAAGGGGACAUUUGAGCUGACAUAGAUGAGCCACGUAGACUUGUGGACGAAGAGGGAUGUAGUUGGGGAGAUGGCAGGGCACAGAAUCAAGUGGAUCAUGCUCAGUGUGUCAGGUUGGUUGGAGCAGAGUAUGGCUGGGAAGGAGAAAGGGUGGAGGGCCCUAGCUUACCGGCUUCUGCCUGAUCUCUUUAUCCAGGUGAGUUGGGAACCAUAGGCUGUGCUCUUCACUUGUGUGUUAACUGACCCUUGGACUGCUGUGUCGGAAACAAGCUGUAGGUCUCAUCUCUGCCAGGUGUAGGUGAUGUUCCAGGGAACUGAGAGCAGGCAGCUAGUAGAGGACAAGCCAGGAACUGGGCUGAAAGAGCUGGAGGAAGUUGACAAGAAGCAGUGACUUCAGGGAGAGAUGGGGGUUUUGAAAGCUAUAGGGAGAUCAGAGAUGUGUGAGUGCCUCUGAAUUCGGGGGCCUCUGAAUCACAGAGUAGGAUCCAGAGAGAAGGGAAGCAGCUGUGAGUGCAGUGGUACAGGGCUUGUCUGGCAUGGGUCAGCCUCUGCUGGGUUUCAUCCCUUACUCAGAGGGCUGCGGAGGGAGAUAGAGGGAGGUGCGAGGCAGUGCUAAAUGCAACGGCCAACCCAUUUCUGCCAAGUGUUGCUGUGGGGGAGAGCGGGUGUUGUGUUUGGCUGUGAUGAAAGGUAUACUUACAGAGCUGUUGUGGGGCUGUAACCUGUGUUGUGUGCGCCCCGGGAUGGGGGCUUGGGAUGCUCACCCAACCACUGGGCCAUGAGUGUUGUAUGCUGCCUUAAGCAUGCUCCUCAGCUUUAUGAGUGGGACUCAAGAGUUCAGGAAGAUCACCAGCUUGGAAUCAGUGUCACAGAGAUGCCCCCUUCUGUGGCUCUCAGCUUGAGCCUACUUUGACCAGAAGUCAUGUCUCUUUCUAUCAAGCUUUGUUUUCAAAAGGGCCCAAGAGCGCCACUGAUGAGGACAAGACUGGGAUUCCGUGAGCAAGUUUGUACAUGAGGAAGCCCCUCACACCUGUGUUUGUUUACAUAUAUCCUUUUCAUACGAUCAAGUUAAUAUGUAUAUAGAGAAGAGAUUAAAAUUAUCCUGCCUUUUCCUAGUUACCACCCGUGAGAAUUUUAUGCCUUGACGCUAAGGAAAGAAUCCCUGUAACAGUCUGAGGAGGCCUUUUUGUGUUCACCACAUGCUCUACCUCGCUCUCUCCCUUUGCUUUCUCUGCUUGGCCACCAGGUGUCGCUCUGGUCAGGUCUUUAAGCUUCAGCGUUUAAAGUGGUUUGACCAGAGGACACUGCCAGGUUUUUCUGGGAUUCUGGGUAACCUGGCCCUCCCUUCAGGGUUCCGAGUCCCUUCUGUCCUUGGGCCGGGGCAAUGCCUGACUCUGUGUAUUCCCUGUCCUGUUCAGAUCAGAGGAAGCAGGUGUUGUUAGGGCCCAAACAUGGAAGCAAGACUGAAAGGGAGCAGAGAAGCCUGACCUGCUGAGUAGUGGCCGAGGUUGGGGAGGAAGCAGGGAAAUGUGAGACAGGGACUUGGUAGCCUAAAGUCAGGUGGGAGGGCAGAGGGGUAGUGUGAUCUGAACCUAAGACAAGCACACUGCUGCAGGGAAAACAGGUUUUUUCCUCCGCUGGAACUGUCCUUUUGAAGGACAGCUAGUGACAGCCUCACUCUUCCGAUGACGGGGUGUAGCCCUGUGUUUGCCAUGCAGCACAUUGUGGGUGUGCCCCAUGUGCUGGUACGAAGAAGCUUCCUUGGAACGGAGCUCCUUAUGACAAGGACUCUGUGCAGUCCAGGUCCCAGCCAGCCCAGAGAGAAGCGACCAGAGGCUGCAGCCUUAGGGCUGUAUCACCGCCUCCCAGCGUUGGGAAGAACGCUGGGCCACACCAUUCAGCAACAAGCAACCUCCACCGCCAAGGCUUGGUGGGACAGAUAUGAAGAGUUUGUGGGACUCAAUGAAGUCCGAGAGGCUCAGGGAAAUGUGACUGAGGCAGAGAAAGUGUUCAUGGUGGCUCGCAGCCUUGUCCGAGAGGCUCGGGAGAAUUUAGAGGCGCAGCAGGCUAAGCUGAAGGAGGUAAGGGACCGUUUGGACCGAGUCUCCAGGGAGGACAAUCAGUACCUGGAACUGGCUACUUUGGAGCACAGGAUGUUGCAGGAAGAGAAGAGGCUCCGCGCAGCAUAUACGCGUGCAGAGGACUCAGAGCGGGAGAAGUUCUCUCUCUUCUCUGCAGCUGUGCGGGAGAGCCACGAGAAGGAGCGCGCAAGGGCUGAAAGGACUAAGAACUGGUCCCUCAUUGGGUCAGUUCUCGGAGCUUUGAUCGGUGUGGCCGGCUCCACCUAUGUUAACCGUGUCCGGCUACAAGAGCUGAAGGCCUUACUCUUGGAGGCACAGAAAGGGCCUGUGAGUCUCCAGGAGGCCAUCCGUGAACAGGCUUCUAGUUACUCCCUCCAGCAGAGAGACCUCAAGGACCUUAUGGUGGAUCUGAAGGGCCUGGUGCAUGCUGGGCAGGGCCAGGGCUCUGGGUCAUCAACAGGUGCCUCUUCUACCCGAGGAAAAGACAUAGAUGUCCUUUCAGCUGCCAUGAAAGAGCAGCUCAGUCAUUCCCGGCAGGUCCAUUCCUGCCUAGAGGGUUUACGAGAGCAGCUUGAUGGCCUGGAAAAAACGUGCCGUCAAAUGGCUGGGGUGGUUCAGCUUGCAAAGGCUACGGCACAUCCGGGCCUGACGGAGCCAGCAGACGGGGCCCUGCCUAGCUCUCUGCUGGAACAAGGGAGCAUGAUCUUGGCCCUGGAUGAUAUGGAGCAGAGGCUAGAAGCCCAAGUCAACAGGAAUGCCAUCUGCAGCACACUGGUCACCUGUGUGACUUUUAUGGCCACACUGCCUGUGCUCUACAUGCUGUUCAAGACCAGUUAGCCCUGGGAUCCCUCUUCAAAGGGGCCUAAGGGUGAAUGUGGCUUUUGUUGGUGAGAUAAUGAAUCUUGAGGUACACAAAACCUCAGACUGACUGAGUACCAUCUGAGGAGCUCACCAACAGGGAGAAAAUUCCAGGAGACGGCCUGCCUUCCACAGCUUUCUAGGACUUAGUGCUGGAACCAGGGAAGUGUGCGUGAGUCUGUAUGUGCAGGUGUCUAAUGUGGGUGAUGUG